UAUCACAUCUUUUUGACUAACCGAAUAACAUGGAAAUCUGGCCAAACACGUUGUGCUUAGCUGCCCUGUUGGUAGCCUGCGGCGUUGCUGGCGAGCUGCAGCAUUGCGUGUGGAGCGAGAAUCCAAGGAACGAGAAAUUUAUAUUGGAUGAGAGCUCGUGGGAACUGACGCUCGAGGGCGAAUGGAUGAUCGGCUUCUGUGUGCCGCUGAUAAUGGCCUGCAUUAAGUUUGAGCGUGUGUGGAGCAAGUUCGCUCACGAGAAGCAGCUGGAGCAGAGCGACAUGACUGUUGCCAGUAUGAAACUGGAGUACUCGGAAACCGUGAUCAGGCGCUUUUCCCUGCAUGAGCUGCCCACCAUUUUGCAUGUUAAGAAUGGCGUAUUCCGGAAGCUGCCAACAGGCCAAAGCAUUCAGGAGCUGCACGAGCUGGCGAGCUUCAAAUGGCAGGAAAUAGAUCCAAUGCCCUUCUGGCAGCAUCCGAAUGGCCUGCUCAUACGAGCCCACGUACGCUACAUACAAGCCAUAGAUCAGGUCUACCGAGCCUCCUGGUUCAAUGCGGACUACGAGCAUGCCACUUGGCUUGUGCGCAUUGGCCUAAUCCUAAUCAUGGGCAUCAUUUUGACAAUUUUCUGCAACAUUUACAACUGUUUAUAUGACAGACCAAAGCCGCCAAAAUGUGGCAAAAAAUCGAAGAAACAAGUCGAGGGUCAUUCUGUCAGGAAACAGAAGGGAUCAUCGAGUCAAAAAAUUGCCUUGGGUUGAGCCUUUGAUAUUUGGCUGUUCGUGCUGUUUCUAACAACUAUAAUAUCGUUUAGAGCAUGGGACUCAAAAUCGCCAACAUCUAAAUGCUAUUUGUGUCCUUCGAGCUUAAUAUUUGUUCACUCUUUCCACAAGGCGCCGCCUCGUCGUCGUGUUAAAAUAAAAUAUAUAUGUAGAUAUGAAA